CAAGUGUCGGAGUCAGCCAUUAAUUAUGCCGCCGUCUUGGCCUGGACUGCUCAUUUGGACCGUUUGAAAUCGUCCUUCGACAAAGUCUCGGAGGAUGCUAAUCUGCUGAUGGAAAGGACCUGCUGGGCAGAAGAGUUAUCUAUUGGGAUCCGUGUGAUUCGCAACUAUGCCAUGCGGACUUUGGCCGACAAGUAUCUCUCCGAAGAUUCCGUGGAGCUUCCGCCACCUUCGACUCUAGUGCUUCUGGUCUUGAAAGACCUGAAGCAACAACAUCCUGCUGUGCCUCCAUCCGUGAGUGUCGAGAAAAUCCUCGAAAAUUUGGACAAGCCGCCCAAGGAGAUCAAUGCAUUGGCACAGGACGCGACAGUCUUUGAAAGGCUUUAUGCUGUUCUAAAGAGUGCCGUAUCGAGGCUAGUGGACACGACAGAACUCACAGAGCUGGAUUUCGAUUCCGUGUUGUCGAAAUUGCUAGCACAGUAUCUUUCCUCUCAAGAGGCCAAUUUGACCAGCGCCAACGCAUUCGAGGGUCUCGCGUCGGAAACAACUACUUACAUGAAAGGAGACUCGCCUUCUCUAUGCGAAUGGAGGGAUGUCUUUCCUAUUUUCAAGUCCUUUCUCGAGUUCUUAGUUGAGUUCUCGACAGCCCACCCCUCCUCUGAGGAUUCGAAUAGAUUGCAUGUGUCGAAAUUUCGGGAGAAUGGCAACAAUUUAAUGACCAACACGUGCUACCCACAGGCAAUACAAGUUUACACCGACGCGAUUAACAUGUGUGAUCACACAAGUCGUUCUCAUUUGCCGCAACUAUUUACAAACAGAGCCAUUGCUUUUAUUGGUCUUAACUGCUUUCGCGAAGCAGUUUCCGACUUGGGACAAGCGCUCCAAAAUGACCAGACAUUCGUACCCGCGUGGGCGCAAAUGGGCUACUGCCAGUUGUAUUUGGGCUCUACCAUUAUUGCGUUGAAGUGCUACUUGGCAGCGCUUCGUUCUUUGUCGGGAGAGAUAUACCCAUACAACUUCCCGAAAGAUGAAACACUGAGAAAGGAGUACACCGACGCAAGAGCUCUGACCGUGAUGCCUCAGUUUGUUCAGAAAUUAGUCUCGUCGUUCAUCCUAGCACUGAAGAGAGCUGAGCAGCAAAGAGAACCAGCUCUGGCCAUUCACGAACUUACAGCUAAAGCCAGGGCCAUCUUAGCUCGACUCAGGUCGCACGUUGAACCCGAAGAUUUGAGGUUUUUGUCUUACUCGCCCGAUCCAGAUGCAAGCUCUCUCCAAGCGGAUGCCGUACGUGCAGAUACAAUCAGGCCAAGUAUCCUAACACCUGAUGUGGCACAAGAUAUCUUAUCUAGCUCGAACGUCGAAGCUUCGGCAGUUACAAUGUCAAAUGUUCCUCGGGCAAGAAGCAAUAUCCCUGUUCCAUUUAUCCCAUUUAGCGGUCGGAGCCAGAGCACAACCGAGGCUGCUGAAACGGAGACACCAGCUGAAUCCCCAAUUCUUGCGGGUGUUCCAGGAAACAUACGAGGUUUUCUCAACACAUUGGGUAAUGUGGUGGGGGAUGCAAUGCAAACAUUUCCUCCACCACCUCAGCAACCUCCAGCUGAGCAGAAUAGACAAGACACUGAUGGUCAGAACUCAACAGAAAAUGGCCCCGCUACUACACACGAA